UACCCCACCCCCUCACUCGCGAUCACACACUCACACUCAACAAGCACACACACACGCUGAAACAAAAUGAAAGAAGAAAGGGGGGAGAGCGCCGCCGGGGAUGAGUGAGCUGCAACGGGGGAGAAGGGAAGAGAGAAGAGAGGGGAUCCGAGAAAGAGGAGAGAAGGCCGCGCUGCUGCCGCCGCCAGAACCGCGAGGAGAGGGAGUCGCGUCGCCGUCCAUGAAGCCACCGCUGUCAGCCGCGUCGUUGCUGUCGUCGCCGGUUUCCACCACCGUCGAGGCUGGUCGCGGACAGAAGAAGGAGAAGAGGCCUCCGUCGCCGCCGAGCCAAACACAGGAGAGAGAAGGAGCUCGCGGGAGAGGAGCUUGUUGCCGCCGCUGCCAUGGCUUCUUCGCCGUCGCCGUGGUUAGGUAGUCACCCGAGGGAGCCGUCGUUGUCAGCGCCGCCAUCAGGGUUACCGCCGCUUCUGCCGCCAGGGAACGCCGCUGCCGUCGUCGACAACGCUGCCGCCACCGUUACCGGAGUUCUGAUCACUGUUGGAGCUCGUCAGAGCCGCUGCGGUUUCGUUCCCCCACUUAGCCUCGAUUUCAGAAUGAGUUUUGGACUUUUGGUUAUUUCAUAUCGCAUUUAAAGUUGCGGCUGUUGUUGCGGAAGCACUAAGGAACUAAGGAUUGAAUCUUUAUAGCAAGGCCUCCCUCCUCGGCGCUCACUCUCUCUCGCAAACCCUCCAUCCACGCUCCCUCCGUCGGUGCUCCUUCCCUCUUCCCUUUAUGCUGUAAACCCUAACCCUCAGAAUUAUUUAUAAUUGUGAAUUGGUUUUCAGCUUAGUAAUUAGUCAAAGAUUCUGUAGGGAUCUGCUCAAUUGAGGCUUUAAUUAGUUGCAUAGUCGUUAAUUUGUUGGAAUUAGACUGUAGAUUAACUCUGAAGGAAACAUUGGAGCUGAAUUAUGUGGAACUACUGUUUUUUAUUGCUAAACAAGCAAGUUGUUACUAGGUUGAGACUUGAGAAUGCUGUAAUUAGAGGUGGGCACAACUAGGAUGGUUUAUUCAUGUAGAUGAUUUUGAAGUAGAACUUUGUUUUCAUUUCCUAUUCAAAUUUCCUUUUAAGGGAAGCUGAAAUCCUUUUGGUUUUUGCAUAAGUUCAUUUUGCAGACAUUAAUAAUUGUUCUGUGAAAUGAAGGUAGAAGAAGUUGAGGAGUUAUGGAAAGAAAUUACUGAUAUGCAAAAUCUUGUAAGAAGAUGUAAAGCGCCUAACUUUUUGUACAUUUGUUCAUUGUAUGUUACAAUCACAAGAAACAAACACGACUAACAAAAUGAUCAUAUAUGUUUGGUGUUGUCCGCAUCAGUCCUGCAUCAAACUGAUGGAAAUCCAUAGUUUAAUUUCUCAUUCUCUAUUCAAUCUUAUAUAAAGCUAAAUCCUCAUCUUUUGAUACUAAUUGCACUUUUUUUUUUUUGGAUCUGUUUGUAUACAGCACAGGUUUCUUACUCGGUUAAUAUAAUAUUUUGUCAUGAGAAAUGUUUUUCAAUUUUAAUAAUAUGCUAUUUUGGGGAGUAAGCAAUUGGUCUUGUUUCAGUUGGAAGAGCUAAAUAAUUCCCAUGGUGGUAAAGUUGGGGAAAUUGCCUUAAGGAGGAAAACUACCAAGUCUAGUAAAGAUAUCGUAGAUUGUCCAGUUGACAUCGAGAGAAGAGAAAAAGUAAAAGAAGCUAUGCUCCAUGCUUGGGGAUCUUAUGAGAAGUAUGCAUGGGGCCAAGAUGAACUUCAGGUAUUUUUUUUGUCCCAGAUUAUAAGUAUGGUAAUUAUGUAUGAACAAUCAACUUCAAAGCUUUUGGUCUAAAGUUAGUAGUUCAGCUUCUUUCCUUUGAAUAUGACACUACUUUGGUGUUUUUGCAAUGCCUGAUUUUGUUUACUAUUUUUUACUGCAAUGCAAAAAAUAGUAUGCAUUAUAAUUUUUAUGAAGUAAAAUGCUUUUUGUGGUUGUACCAAUAACUGUUUCUAUUAUCAAUUAGUUAUUUUUUCGUUAAAUUUGAAUAUUUAAUAACUAUUUCCCCCCCCCUGGCGAUGCCAGCCUCAGUCAAAGAGUGGUGUCAACAGUUUUGGAGGUCUUGGGCAACUUUAAUAGAUUCACUUGAUACACUAUACAUCAUGAGUGUUGAUCAACAGUUUCAAAAAGCCCGAGAAUGGGUGUAGCUUUUUACUCUGUACAUUGAGCAUGUUAUAGUUACCAUUGCAAUUCUUUUUUGCCUUUCUUCAAUCACAUCUCUAUAUUUGUUUGGAAUUAAUAGAGGCUAACUUGUACAACAAGUUAUAUAUGGGGGAAAAACAUAAUCUGCAUCUAGGGUAGAAAUUUAUUUUAUUUUAUUUUCUGUUUUCCUCUCUUCAAUUUUGUUGCUCUCCUAGAGGCACAUUCCAUGGUGAUGCUGUCUUAACUAGUAGUUAUAUAUAUAUAUUGUUCAUUUUAAAUUUGAGCUGUAGGCCCCGUCGAAAUUAAAAAAAAAAAUGUUCUUUUUAACUAUAUUCCUGAAAGCUUCCUGAAUUUAUAUGUGGAAUUUUCUUAGAUUUGUUUCAAUUGUUUGCGAUGCUACUCUGUUUGAUUUUUAAUUUUUAUGGUUUUGGUUAUGCUUUAUUGUAUUCGUUGUCAUGUUAACUUAUUCAGACAUUAUUCUGAUAGUGUACAUAUUAACUUCAUUUUUUAAGAAAUGUAAAGUACAUAAACUUAAUAUAUAAAAUUGACUAAUAUAAAGUACAUUCAUAAAAAGGACAAAAAAAAAAAGCUA